AUGAAGUACGCCAAGCUUCUCCUGGCCGCUAUUGCGGCCCCAAUCCAGGCUGCCUUCACCUGGAAGAACGUCAAGACCGGCGGCGGCGGCGGCUUCGUCCCGUCCAUCGUGUUCCAUCCCACGACCAAGGGCGUUGCCUAUGCCAGGACCGAUAUUGGCGGUCUUUACCGCCUCAAUGCCGACGACUCCUGGACCGCAGUCACCGACGCGAACAGCUUCGCUGAUGAUUCUCACUGGAGCCGGUGGGGUGUCGAUGCGCUCGCGCUUGAUCCCCAAGACGAUAAGAAGGUGUUCAUUGCCGUGGGAACAUACACCAACAGCUGGGAUCCCUACAAUGGGCAGAUUGCGCGCAGCUCGGACCGGGGUGCCACAUGGUCCUUCGCUGACCUCCCCUUCAAGGUUGGCGGAAACAUGCCCGGGAGAGGAAACGGCGAGCGUCUUGCAGUCGACCCGAAGAACUCCAAUAUUGUCUAUUUCGGUGCCCGGAGCGGCAACGGGCUCUGGAAGAGUACCGACGGAGGGGCAAGCUUCUCCAAGGUCUCACCCUUCACCGCCGUCGGUACUUUCCGUCCCGGGCCUGUCGGGGACCAGUACAACGGCGACAUCCAGGGUCUGAACUUCGUCACCUUCGAUCCUACUUCUGCUGCAGUCGGCGGUGCCACGUCCAGGAUAUUCGUCGGCGUUGCCGAGAACACAACGUCUUCCGUUUACGUCUCCAACGAUGCCGGCUCUACUUGGUCCGCUGUUGCCGGCCAACCGGGAAGAUACUUCCCUCAUAAGGGCAGAAUCCAGCCUGCCGAGAAGGCUCUAUAUCUAAGCUACGCUGACGGAACCGGGCCUUACGACGGUACCUCCGGUUCCGUCUGGAGAUAUGACAUCACUGCUGGCACCUGGAAAGACAUAACCCCGGUUUCUGGCGCAGACUUGUACCACGGCUUUGGUGGCUUGAGUGUGGACCUCCAAAAGCCAGGUACCCUGAUUGUGGCAUCUUUGAACAGCUGGUGGCCCGACGCAAAAUUGUUCAGAUCAACUGACUCCGGCAAUACCUGGAAACAACUUUGGACAUGGGGUACCGAUGGUAACCAGAACUUCAGCUAUGUCCAGACUUCACCAAAGGCCCCUUGGAUCAAGACCAACUUCCUCGAUGUCGAUACCAAGGACUUGGGUUGGAUGAUCGAGUCCUUCGAGAUUGACCCUACCGACUCCGACCAUUGGCUGUGGGGCACCGGCCUCACUAUCUUCGGCGGCCAUGACCUGACCAACUGGGAUACUGGAGCAAAGGUCAACAUCCAGUCCCUGGCUGACGGCAUCGAAGAGAUGGCCAUCCAGGAGCUAGCCAGCACUCCCGGUGGCUCGGAGCUUCUCGUCGCUACCGGAGACAACAACGGAUUCACUUACAAGGCCCGAAGCGACAUUGAUACGGCACCGCAGACCACCUGGACCGACCCCAUGUGGGCAACUUCCAUAAGCGUCGACUACGCAGGCAAUAAGGUCGCUAACGUUGUCCGCGUCGGAAACACCGUCGGAACCCCGCAGCUGGCCGUCAGCUCCGACGGCGGCGCGACUUGGAAGGUCAGCCCGGCCGCCGGCGCCGCGCAGUACGGCGGUUCCGUCGCCUACUCGGCCGACGCCGACGUCAUUCUGUGGUCGACGGCGACGGUCGGCGUGCAGAGAAGCGCCAACGCAGGCUCCCUUGCAGUGGUCUCCAGCAUCCCCGCCGGCGCCGUCAUCGCUAGCGACAAGCGCAACAACACCGUCUUCUACGGCGCCUCGGGUUCCAGGUUCUACCGCUCUACCGACGCCGGGGCGACCUUCUCCACCGCAGGCUCCCUCGGGUCGGCCACAAGUAUCAGUCACAUUGAGGCACACCCGAUCAAAGCCGGCGACGUCUGGAUGUCCACCAAUGCCGGAAUCUUUCACAGCACCGACUACGGGUCCUCCUUUACCCAAGCCUCCACGGUCCUCACAAACACCCACCAGGUGUCCCUCGGCAAGGGCUCCGGCUCCACCUGGAACCUCUACGCCUUCGGCACCGGUCCCGCAGGCAGACGCCUUUACGGCAGCGCCGAUCUCGGCGUAUCCUGGACGGACCUCCAAGGAUCCCAGAGUUUUGGAGCCGUUGACAGCGCCAAGAUUGCCGGUUCCAACAAUGAGGAGAAUCUCGUAUACAUCGGCACCAACGGGCGCGGCGUCUUCUAUGCCUCAGGCGUCAUUCCUUCCUCUGGUGGCGGGUCGACGUCUGUUUCUCCGACAGCGACUGCCGGGCCAUCGAGCAGCAGCUCUGCGGUCAUCGUGAGCUCUUCCUCAUCUUCUGUUGGGACUACUUUGGUGACAUCCUCUACCUCCGCGACCCGGACCGCCACCAGUUCCUCCCCGGCUCCUACGGCGACCAAUCUAGCGAAGCAGUUUGAGCAGUGUGGUGGUGCGGGUUGGAACGGCCCGACUCAGUGUGUUCUGCCGUACACCUGCAAGCUUUGGAACGAGUGGUACGCUCAGUGCGUGUAG